GUGUAUCUGAUGAAGCAGCAGACGAAUGGAUCAAGCGGUCAAGGUCUUUGGAGUUUAAUUUCGUCGAGACAGCGUCUUGGAACAAGUGUGGCCGACCAAAGAAUGCCUUUGCUGUUCACAGCGAUGGCGGAGCCGUCUGUGUCCGAUACAGAUCUCCAAAUGACCGUCUGCUGCAAGGAGAAGUGAUGUCCUACUGGCUUGCCCGGCUCCUGGGACUAGAUAACGUCCCUCCUGCCCACCUGUCUAUAACAGGCUCGUCUCAAUGGGAGAAACUGCUGCAUUGGUUCCCAGAGCUGGGAUGGACCAAGGGAAAUCUUGUAGCCAUAAUCAUGUGGAUAGAGGAAAUCGACUCACGACCUGA